GCGGUGGACGAGAUCCCGGCGUCCCACUGGCAUUGGCGGGCGCCGGACGCCGGCAACCCCAUCGCUACGCGCCUUGAGCAAUUCCCGUAGACCGAACACACCCAGGCGUUGUGCCAGCGCCCGCAACCUCUGAUCCAUGCUCCGCCGGCCGGGCCACAAGCCCAAGCAUCACAACUCACAAGUGAAUUCUGCUGUAGCUUCCCAUGCCACGGGCUCCAAAUCCAACAGCAUACCAGCAGCGCGAGUAGCUCUUUCCUUGGCGCCGGCGAUGGCCUGCCUCCGGAGCGCCACGCCCUUGCCGAUCAAGUCCUUAUCGUAUGCAGCAGGCGGAGAAGCGCCGGGUAAAUUUCGGACCGCGAAGUAAGCGAGCUCCUCCGUCCCAGAGGCACCGUGCUCCAGGUGUUCGAUGAAAUGCCUCGCCGAGAGCGUGGCUCGGAUGCAGGCGGGCGUGCGAAGGUUGUCGACAUUUCGUUCACGAGUGGUUAGUGACACGCAGAGCUGGGAGAGGAUGGUUCAGUGUGUAGGAAGAGAUGACGUCGAAGACAAAGCCCGCCGGCACGGUUUGGGAUGGCUUUCCGUGCAACAGUCUGACCAGUUGGAACGCUUCAAUAAUCAGACUUACAGGUAUCACUCUUCAAGUAUUGAUUUUAGAGUACAGUUGACUAAACCAUGAUGGCUUAUAUAUCUAGAUAGAGCAAUUACUUGUCCUGACAUGAUAAGUGAAUUGGAUCUGCUGGAAAGGGACAUUGCUAUGCACUCUACAAAUAGUAUGUUUAGCUGAAAAGAUUAUAGUAAACAAAGUUGAAUAUCAUCCAAGUUUCCACGUCAGCAUGUUUUGGGAAUCUGUUGGCCAUCAGACAUGGACAAAGUCUCAGUUUUGUGUCAUUGUCUUGUCAUCAGCUAACAUUGCAACCUGUGUCAUUUGCUUUUCUGCAAUUAUACUAUUCUGGCUUCCAUGUGAAGCCUAUUGGGGACAAGAAAUAAUUAGGAAAGUUUGGUCUGAAACACUCUUAUUCUGUUAUUAGAGUUUAGCAGACCAAUAUAUAUGUAUAGCAUGCAACAUAACUCGAACAGCUGUUCCAUUCGCAAAAGUAAGAUAUGGAAGGCAUUAUCUUCAGUUUAACUGAGGGUGCGGUGAGAAGUCUCUUGUGCAAACUGGGUUGCCUUCUCUCCCAGGAAAGUUGGUUGGUUCAGGGCGUCCAUGGAGAUAUGCAAUACAUCAAGGAUGAGCUCGAGAGCAUGAAUGCCUUCCUUCGCACCCUCACCACAUCAGAGGGCCAUGACGACCAAGUGAGAACCUGGAUGAAGCAAGUGAGGGAGAUUGCCUAUGAUGCCGAGGACUGCAUUGAUGAGUUCAUCCAUCAUCUAGGUGAGCCAUCAGGAAUGGGGUUCCUUCGACAAUUAAUCUGUAUACCUGGUACACUAGUCUGUCGCCGCCGCAUUUCCAUCCAGCUACAAGAACUGAAGGUCCGUGCCCGGGAUGUUGGUGAGCGGCGAUCACGUUACGGUGUGGUGCUUCCAAGGACUGUGCGUAGAGGAGGUAGCCGACAACUCAGCAAGCAUGCAUCUCUUCACCUUGAUCCACAGCUGCAUGCUCUGUUUACAGAAGAGGCUGAGAUGGUAGGCAUUGAUGAACCAAGGGAUGCACUCGUAAGUUGGCUUAUGGAAGAUGAUCCCCGGCUUCGCGUGCUAGCCAUUGUUGGAUUCGGUGGCCUCGGCAAGACCACGUUGGCAAGGAUGGUGUGUGAAAGCCCAAUGAUUAAAGGCGCUGAUUUUCAGUGCAGUCCGUUGUUCAUUGUGUCGCAGACCUUCAACAUCAGGACCCUGUUUCAGCACAUGAUAAGGGAGCUGAUCCAGCGCCCACAAAAGGCAAUGGCAAUAGCUGGAGGCAAGCAUGGCCAUUUAACAGAAGAAAACUUUAAGGGAAUUGAAAGGUGGGAGGUUGCAGUAUUGGCUGAGAAGCUCAGGCGAUAUUUACAAGACAAAAGGUACAUUAUGAUCCUUGAUGACAUAUGGACUAUAUCAGCAUGGGAGAGCAUCAGAUGUGCACUGCCUGAAAAUAAGAAGGGUAGCAGGGUAAUUGUAACCACAAGGAAUGAAGAUGUGGCCAAAACAUGCUGUUCUCAUCCCCAAGAUUGGAUUUACAAAAUCCAGAGAUUAUCUGAUGCUACAUCACGUGAACUAUUCUUCAAAAAGAUCUUUGGCUCGGCAGAUAAACUACCAACUGAUGAGUUUGAGGAAGUAUCAAACUCCAUUUUGAAGAAAUGUGGAGGGUUGCCUUUGGCAAUAGAGAGCAUUGGCAGCCUUCUUGCAAGCAAGAUAAAUAGAUCCAAGCAGGAGUGGCAGAAGGUUUGUGACAACUUAGGCUCUGAACUUGAAAGUAAUCCUACUCUGGAAGGCGCGAAGCAAGUCUUGACCUUGAGUUAUGAUGAUCUACCCUAUCAUCUGAAGGCUUGCUUCUUAUAUCUAAGUAUUUUCCCUGAAAAUUAUGUGAUCAAGAGGGGACCUUUGGUGAGAAGGUGGAUAGCUGAAGGUUUUGUCAGUCAAAGGCAUGGAUUAAGCAUGGAGCAGGUUGCAGAAAAUUACUUUGAUGAGUUUGUGGCUAGAAGCAUUGUACAGCCUGUGAGAAUUGAUUGGAAUGGGAAGGUGAGGAGCUGCAGAGUUCAUGAUAUAAUGUUAGAAGUUAUCGUCUCCAAGUCACUUGAGGAGAACUUUGCAUCAUUCUUAUGGGAUAACACAAGCUUAUUGGUCUCUCACGACAAGAUUCGUCGCCUCUCCAUCCAUAGUAGUCACAAGUUGGUUCAGACAACUAGUGUCAGUGUAUCUCAUGUUCGCUCCUUCACAAUGUCGGCUUCUGUCGAGGAAGUCCCAUUCUUUUUUCCACAGCUACAGCUGCUACGAGUACUUGACAUGCAAGGCUGCAGUUACUUGAGCAUAAGCACAUUGGAGUGUAUCUGCAGAUUUUUUCAGCUUAAGUACCUAAGCCUCAGAAAUACUAAGGUCUGCAAGUUACCACGGCUACUAGGAAAUCUGAAGCUCCUGGAAACGCUGGACAUUAGGGCGACACUCGUCAAGAAACUACCAGCCAGUGCAAAAAAUCUCAGUUGCAUGAAGCAUCUAUUGUUUGGGCACAAGGAGCAACUUACAAGGACAGCCAGUGUCAAGUAUUUAAAACCAUGCUCAGGCGUGGAGAUGUCUCCUGGGGUGGUCAAGAAUAUGGCAGCUCUCCAAUCACUUGUCCAUAUAAUGGUCAAGGAGCAAUCAUUGGUGCUGCGAGAGAUCGGUUUGCUGCAAAGGCUAAGGAAGCUCAAUGUUCUCUUCCGCAAUGUGGAAGUGAAUUGGAAAGCUUUUGUCGAGUCACUGGGGAAAUUGGCAAGCUCCCUUCGCUCACUCUCCAUUCACAUUCUAGAUGAAAAGGAGCAUAACUCAUCUCUGGACAUUCUAGCUUAUGUCGAGUCACCUCCACUACUUCUCACCAAUUUUAGUCUCACGGGCAAGUUGAAGAGUCUACCUCCUUGGAUAUCAUCGCUUCAAAACGUGUCCAGGUUUACUGUUCGAAAGACCCAACUCCAUGCCGGGGCUAUAGAAGUUCUUGGAGACCUUCCAAAUCUACUCUACCUCAAGCUCUAUCACAACUCGUAUGUUGAUGACUGCAUAGUCUUUUGCAGAGGUAAAUUUACAAAGCUCUGCAUGUUGGUUAUUGAUAAUUUGGAGAACACAGACACGGUGCACUUCGAGGAAGGUUCAGUGCCGAAUCUUGAGAGGCUGACUUUAUCAUUCCUACGGGAACCUAAAGAUGGGAUUUCAGGUCUUCAGAACCUCCAAAAGCUCAAGGAGAUUGAGUUCUUUGGUAGCAUCAUAUUAUCUGUGAUGAACAAAGUGGUGUCAUGUGUGAAGACACAUCCAAACCAUCCAAGAGUUAUCGGUGACAAGUGGAAUAUUGUAACUGAAUACACUUAAGUGGCAAACCCAGUAGCAUAUAAUUUGGCAUUACGCGCCCUAUUCAUAGAAGUAGUUUAUUGCUCUAAGCAAUAGAAUUAUGUAAGCUAAUCUGCAGUAUAGUUCAUUGUAUUAUAUGAUACUAAAGUGUUAUAUGAGUUACUUUGCACCACCAGUAGUGUACCUUUCUAGCAAGUGAAAGUUGAUGGUAGUUUUAUGCUUUGAAGUGAACAGCGGUCUUUCCCGUUUCAUCUUGA